AUGUCUGAGAAGAAGGGUACUUCAAAAGAGCUAGAGGAUAUCACUAGUCAAUUUAGGAAGAAAUCUAGAUCACAGUUAGUGGAGGAGCCUGGAUUUAUUAAAGAAACAUCAAUUUUGUUAAAUGAGACUUCUGAUUACCUGGAAGGGAAACCUUCCAACCAGACUUAUGAAACACAUCCAGGGAAAAAUACAUUAGAGUCAACAUCUUCCCAUGGAAGCAAGUAUAAGAGAAAUGAAGAACAAAAGAAAAAUCCUCAAUUUGCUGAAACAAGCAACCUGCUGUCAAAAACAGAAACUUCACAAAGUUUAUCAUCAAUAACUGAGAUGACUGCAGAAUGCCAGGUUUUCGUUGACAUCCUGUCUCAUGAAACAGUAGAAAAAGUUAGUCCACAAAUCUCUGAAGAAAAGGAGAAAGGAUUUAGCUUAGGGACAGAUAACUUUACAGUUAACCUUAAAGCCAGGGGUUUACAAGAAUUUCCUAAGGACAUUCUAAAAAUCAAAUAUGUAAAAUAUCUAUAUUUGGACAAGAAUGAAAUCAAAACUUUUCAAGGGGUGGACCCAGCUGAUCUACUAGGACUUGAAAUUCUAUCCUUGCAAGAAAAUGGAUUAUCAUCACUUCCAUCUGAAAUUCAGUUACUUCAUAAUUUAAGGAUAUUAAAUGUCAAUCAUAACCAAAUAUCACAUACACCUAAAGAAAUAUCACAGCUUGGGAGUAUCAGGCAAAUCUUUUUAAAUAACAAUUACAUUGAGAAUUUUCCUUCUGACUUAGACAGUCUUAGAAACUUGGAAAUUUUAAGUUUGGGUAAAAAUAAAUUAAGACAUAUACCAGACACUCUGCCUAGUUUAAAAAACUUGAGGGUUCUCAAUCUGGAAUAUAAUCAGUUAACAAUAUUUCCUAAAGCUCUAUGCUUCCUUCCAAAGUUAAUUUCAUUAAACCUUACUGGAAACCUGAUAAGCAGUUUGCCAAAAGAAAUUAGGGAACUUAAAAAUUUAGAGAAAUUUUUACUGGAUCACAAUAAACUUACCUUUUUGGCUGUGGAAAUUUUUCAGUUACUCAAAAUUCAAGAACUCCAACUGGUUGACAAUAAAUUGGAAGUUAUUUCACACAAAAUUGAGAAUUUCAGGGAACUUAGGAUUCUUAUGCUUGAUAAAAAUUUAUUAAAAAGUAUACCAGAGAAUAUUUCUUGUUGUAUAAUGUUAGAAUGCCUUAGUCUUAGUGAUAAUAAAUUAACAGAACUUCCUAAGAACAUUCAUAAGCUUAAAAAUUUAAGAAAACUCCUUGUAAACAGAAAUUAUAUAGUGAGAGUAACUGAAGAUAUAUCUCAUCUUAAUAAUAUAUGCAGUCUAGAAUUUUCAGGAAAUAUAAUCACAGAUGUUCCCAUUGAGAUAAAAAACUGCAGAAAAAUAACUAGAGUUGAAUUAAAUUAUAAUAAAAUAAUGUAUUUUCCAGUGGGACUGUGUGCUUUAGAUUCUCUCUAUUAUUUGAGUAUUAAUGGAAAUUAUAUUUCAGAAAUACCUGUGGAUAUAUCUUUCAGUAAACAACUGCUUCAUUUAGAGUUUAAUGAAAACAAACUCCUCAUAUUUUCUGAGCAUUUAUGUUCUCUUAUUAAUCUUAAAUAUCUGGAUCUUGGUAAAAAUGAAAUAAGGAAAAUUCCACCAUCUAUUUCCAAUCUGUUAACACUCCAUGAACUUAUUUUAUGCUGUAAUAAAUUUGAAAAUUUCCCUAUAGAAUUGUGUGCUUUAGAAAAUUUGCAAGUACUUGAUCUUUCAGAAAAUCAAUUACAGAAAAUCCCUUCAGAGAUCUGCAACUUGAAAAGAAUCCAGAAAUUAAACUUCUCAAGCAAUCAGUUUAUAUAUUUUCCUAUUGAACUGUGCCAACUUCAAUCACUGGAAGAGCUAAAUAUAAGUCAGAUAAAUGGGAGAAAGUUAACAAGACUUCCAGAAGAGCUGUCUAAUAUGACUCAACUUAAAGAACUUGAUAUCUCAAAUAAUGCAAUAAAAGAGAUUCCAAAAAAUAUAGGGGAAUUAAGAAGUUUGGUUAGUUUACAUGCAUACAACAAUCAAAUAAGUUAUCUUCCACCAUCUUUUCUAUCUUUAAAUGAUCUCCAGCAACUAAACCUGAGUGGAAAUAACCUGACAGCUCUGCCUACUGCUAUCUACAAUCUUUUUUCGCUGAAGAAAAUAAAUUUUGAUGACAACCCUUUGCUAAGACCUCCAGUGGAAAUCUGUAAAGGAAAACAGUUGCAUACUAUUGCACACUAUCUACAGAGGGCAGAUGAAAGAGAUGAGAAAAUCUUAGAGAAGAUAUUCAAAAUAGUUGCCAAAAACAUCACUGAAACAAAUUUUGAAUUUUUGCGUCAAAAACUAAACCUGGCAAAUUCAGAAACUGAUACGCCUACAAAGAGCAGUGUGUCAUUAAGGGAAAGAGUCCACCAAGCACUUGUUACAUGGAAAACGGAAAGUUCCAACUUAUCAAUAAGUACUACUGCUUUAAAAGACCGACUAAUUCGGGCACUAACCAUGAUAGGAGCAUAUGAAAUCAUGGACAAAAUAACAGCUUUAAAUCUCUUUACACGUGCAAUUAAAUUCUAA